CCCUUUCCUUGACCCAUGACCCCUCUGGACCCCCCAAAUCUCCGUGUCCCCCCAGUUCUCCACUCCCUGCGUUACCUGAAUGUGGCGGUGACGGAGCCCAGCCCGGGGGUCCCUCAAUUCCUGACCAUGGGAUACGUGGAUGGGAUCCCCAUCACACGCUACGACAGCGAGCGGGGCCGGGCGGAGCCGCAGACGCCGUGGAUGGCGGCUGGACCUGAGCCGGAAUAUUGGGAUGAGGAGACCCAGAUCAAUGAGAGGAACCGGCUCGUGGAUGCUGCUGACCUGGAGAUACUGCAGGACCGGUAUAACUGGAGUGGGGGUCUCCACACGUGGCAGCGGUUUUAUGGCUGUGACCUCCUGUCCGAUGGGAGCGUCCGCAGAACCCUUCGACUUGGCUAUGACGGGCAGGAUUUCAUCUCCUUCUCCCCGGAGAGCAGGACCUUCGUGGCGGCCGAUGGAGCUGCCCAGAUCACCCAGAGGAAAUGGAAAUCUGAAGGGUACGAGGAUCUUCAACAAGACCUUGGACUGAGAUGUGCGGAAUGGCUCCAGAAAUAUGUUGGAUAUGGGCGGGAGGCGCUGGAGCACAAAGAGCCUCCUGAUGUCCACGUGUCCGGGAAAGAGGAACACGGGAUCCUGACGUUGUCCUGCCACGCGUACGGAUUCUACCCCGGGAUCAUCGGGAUCAACUGGAUGAAGGGGGAUGAAAUCCGGGAUCAGGAGACGGAGUGGGGCGGGAUCGUUCCCAACAGCGACGGCACCUUCCACAGCUGGGCCAGGAGGGUGUUCCAGAAGUUGAGAAAGGCCGAGUGUCACUUCAUCAGCGGCACCGAGCGGGUGAGGUUGGUGGUGAGGCACAUCUACAACCGGCAGCAGAUCGUGCACUUCGACAGUGAUGUGGGGUCUAUGUGGGGGACACUCAGUAUG